AUGCCUUUUGGUCUUUGCAAUGCACCAGCCACAUUUCAAAGGUGUAUGAUGGAAAUAUUCUCAGAUAUGAUUGAAGACUCUUUAGAGAUGUUUAUGGAUGAUUUCUCAAUCUAUGUGAAUGAUUUUGAUCAUUGCGCUAGCAAUUUGGAUAAAAUACUAAAGCGAUGUGAGGACACACAUCUUGUCCUAAAUUGGGAAAAAUGUCAAUUUAUGGCAACUAAAAGGAUUGGGUUAGGACGCUGCAUCUCUAGUCAAGGCAUUCAAGUGGACAAAGCUAUAGUGGAAAUCAUUGAGAAAUUACCUAUACCAACAAACAUGAAAGUUAUGUGCGAUGCAAGUGACUUUGCUGUGAGUGCAAUGCUACGACAACGACAAGGAAAAAUAUUUCACGCCAUCUAUUAUGCUAGCAAAACUCUUACAGAGGCUCAACUCAAUUAUACCACCACUGAGAAAGAAUUUCUGGUUAUAGUCUUUACUUUUGACAAGUUUCAUUCGUAUCUUAUCAGCGUAAAGAUAAAAGACCAUAAGGGUUCAGAGAAUCAAGUUGUAGGCUAUCUUUCUCGAUUGGAAGUUGGCAGGGAAGAUGGAAACAUACUUCAAAUUGUCAAUGCAUUCCCAGAUGAGAAGUUAUUUGCUGUAGAUACAACCCCUUGGUAUGCAGAUUUUGUUAAUUAUCGAGUUUGUGGAAAACUCCCAUUGGGUGUCAAAGGCCAUAGAAAAGAAAGAUUUCUUCGUGACGUAAUGAAGUAUCAUUGGAAUGAGCUAUAUUUAUUCAAGUCAACUAUGGAGGUUGAAUUAUUCAUUGUUCGGGGUAUGGAUUUUAUGGGACUGUUUCUGAGUUCAUUUGGAAAUCUGUAUAUAUUAGUAGCUAUUGACUACAUCUCGAAGUGGGUGGAAGCUGUUGCAGUUCCAAAGGAUGAUGCAAAGACAGUGAUAAAAGGUUUUCACAAGCAUAUACUCACCUUAUUUGGCACACUAAAGGCAUUGAUAGCAUACAAAACUCCUUUAGGGAUGUCGAUGUAUCAAUUGGUUUUUGGGAAAGCAUGUCACUUUCCACUCAAACUGAAACACAAAGCAAUGUGGGCAAUUAAGCAAGUGAACAUGGACUAUGAUGCGGCUAGAAAGAAAAGAUUGUUGGAUAUCACUGAGCUAGAGGAGAUUAGGAGAAAUGCUUAUGAAAAUGCUACUAUUUACAAGGAAAAUACCAAAUGA